GAGAUUUCCCUAGGAUUUCAUUUUGGACGGACGUCUUCAUUUGUUCUUUGUUCAUUGAGGCUCCAGAGCUCGGUAUUGCAAUGGCGAGAUCCACAAGCAAGGACGCUCAAGCUCUUUUCCAGUCGCUUCGCUCUGCUUAUGCUGCCACUCCAACAACUCUCAAGAUCAUUGAUCUCUAUGUGAUUUAUGCUGUGUUCACGGCUCUGAUUCAGGUAGCAUACAUGGCGAUUGUUGGAUCGUUCCCAUUCAACUCCUUCCUCUCAGGCGUUCUUUCUUGUAUCGGGACAGCUGUCCUUGCUGUUUGUCUCCGGAUUCAAGUUAAUAAAGAAAACAAGGAGUUCAAGGAUUUGGCCCCGGAGCGAGCUUUUGCUGAUUUCGUGCUGUGCAACCUGGUUCUCCAUUUGGUGAUCAUCUGCUUCCUCGGAUAAAACACCUCAUUUUGGGUUCUACUUCUUUUCUUGUUUUCUUUGGAGAAUUAAUUUAAACCCAGGAAGUAGGCUUAUGCUAGAAAUUUUCUACCAAACAUAGCAUACAUAUUAGAAAGAGAGAGUUAUUCCUGCAACUGAAUUAAUGUCAUUCUGAGUUAUUUUCUACAGUGAUGUUUUUCCAGACAAUCAAAUGCGUCAACACUUUUCCGGCCA